AGACAGAAACGAUCCAGAAAUCAGGAAGAACCGGAUACCAGCAGAAAUGUCUUACAAUUGGCUCAUUUUGUCUUUAAGUCUUGCAGUGGUUACUGUACAGAUCUGCCAAGGUUUUGUCUCUGUUGAAACAAUUAAACAAAAUGCCAUCAAAGCUCUGAAUGAAGCAAUAGGCGGCGUAGAUACUGAUCAACCAAUUUUAUUUGCUCAAGAACCUGUUGCUGUCUUAGGCAACAUAUCAAAGGACAUCCUGAAGAUGGACUUGGCACCAAAAAUAAUGAUGUAUGAAUUUGACAAGAAAACCUAUUACACCUACGGAAACAUGGUAGAGAGUCUCAGUACAGCAUACUUCGCAAUUCGUGAGAGCAACCUUGCAGUGAAACGUGGAGAUAAAUUUAUCAAGAAGGUUGAUGACUGGGAGUUCUCAACACCUCCUCAAAAUCUUAAAAAAGAAGUUGGAGAUUGGAUCGAGAAGCUGGUUGGAAAGGAGUUUGCACAAUUAUUUUCUCUUGAUUCUAAACAUAAUGACGUUUUCUUAAAAUACGUUAGUAAAUCGCUCACCGCAAUGAGUAAAAAAUGCCGACUCCUGAACCCAGACGUGAAAACGAGGGGCCUUGUCAAUAUCCCUAUUGUAGUAUACCCAACAUUAGAAGAUGAUAAAUUCCAUGUUUAUCGAAUUAUCAUCGAUGACUGGGUUAGCUGUCAAUUCAUAAAUGAUAAGGGUGGGUUAACUGGCGACUUUCAAAAGGCCACAUUUGCACCCCGUAAAGAUGUUGUAGAACAUGUAAGUAAAGAUAUAAGAGAGAAACUUGAGAAGCUGGUGAACGAUAAAUAUGCACCAAAAGAAUGAAAAUAUUUUUUGCUCAAUAAUUUUGGAAAGAUAUAACAGUGUAGAUGCGUAAAUAAAAUCAUUUCUUACGUC